AUGGGCCGUGCUCCUCGAGGAGGGGCCGAUAGCGCCACGUUCAAAACACUUGACCGUCGGAUCCUGUGGCGGUACCCGAACCUGAUCCCCGCGCGACUUCUUCGUCGCUACAAACGCUUUUUGGCGGACGUUGUGCUGUUGUCGCCUGAUACAGUUGAUGGUGACCAGAGCACUGCUGGGACAGCCUGUGGAAAAGAGGUGGCAGGAACAGCAGCUACUGGAGACGACGAGGGUGCUGUCGAUGAGGUAGUGACUGUGUACUGUCCCAACACUGGACCAAUGGUGGGGCUAUUGGACGGCCUCCCGAACGCUCGUGUGCAACUGUCAAAGAGCAGCGACCCCAAACGCAAGUACGCGUAUACCCUCGAGAUGAUCCAGAUACACAACGGAGAGCGGAAGGUCUGGGUUGGCGUGCACUCUACCUCUGCCAAUCGCAUGGUCGAACAAGCACUUACCUCUCGGUGGCUAGCCGAGCUUGGCCACUACGACUCUGUGCGGCGUGAGGUGAAGUUUGCCAAGAGUAGUCGUGUCGACUUUGUGCUCGUGACAAACGCCGAAGACGGUUCUGUCGCUCAUGAAAAGUACGUCGAGGUGAAGAGUGUGACGCUCUCGAUGGAAGGAUGUGGUCAGAGCGUAUCGCGCUGUGCUGUUUUCCCUGACACGGUGUCGACUAGGGCUCAGAAACACGUCGUCGAGUUGACAGAAUUGCUGUCGACAAACGGCAAAGCUCAAGUUCACCAGAAGAGCGAGACCGCAACACCGGAGCGGAGCGUCGCCAUUGUCUUUCUUGUACAGCGCGACGAUUGUCAUGCGUUCGCUCCAUCCAUUCAGCACGACAAGAAAUUUGCUGAACUGUGCGCGAUUGCAGCAACCAGCGGGGUCCAACUGCUGGCUUAUGCAUGCGCUUUGGAGCCUGACGAGUCCAAUGGGUCGGGAGCUGUGCGGCUCGUAGAGGCACUGCCACUGCAUGAAAGCUAA